AUAGAGCCAUUCCGACGCACCUAAAGCAACGGCUCCAGUCCGUGGGGCAUACAGGCCACAGCGCUCCACCCGUUCGCACUUUCGCCGACAGCGAGUCGCGGCGACGCGCGACGCCUGUCUCCCACGGUCACAGUACAGUGACCACGUCACUUCACUCCCAGUCGUUGCCGACGCCAGUCCUGUUCCGUCUUUGAGGUGUCGGUGCGCAUUCUAGUCCGGCGUGUGACCUGACCUGCGUCAGAUCAUCUCUUUUCUCUUCGCCGUGGAUCAGAUCACCACAGUCAAGUUCUCCAAUCUAAACCGAAGGUAGAGGGGUAGAGGCCAGUCCAGAACAGAUGACACGGCCCCAGUGAGAAAUGGCAGUUGAAUCAUCGACAUCGAGAUGUCACCGAAACGGUGUCAAAAUGGUGGAAUCGGCGUCGAAACUAUCUAGUUUUAAUAUGAAUUUCUCACUGCGGAGGUGUCGGAACGCGAAGUAGACGAGUGACGGUGUGGCAGUUUGUUAGAGUGCGCCCGCUCGCCAUGUCCGUGGAGAGCCUCGAGCUACUGUCGGACGUCGUGCUGCUGAUGGUGCUGGAGCACCUGCGCCAGGACGACCUCCUCGCCUGCCGCCUGGUGUCCAAGAGGCUCGGGCGCCUCGUCCUGCGCCACCGCGUGUGGCGCCAUCGGCACCUGUACCUUGACGACUACCGCGCGGGCGCCGUGCUGCGCCUGGCUCCGAUUCUCAAGAGUGUGACCGCGGCCGCCCACCGCACCUUGCCGUUGAUCACCAGCACGUGCGCCAUAAAGGGCUUGGAGCUGCGCGACGAGGUGGGUCACAUUGUCAACGCCUCGAACCUCGCCCUGGUGAUCCGCGUCCAGGAGUCGCUCGGGCGCCUGAGGCACCUCGUCAUCUCUUUCCUCAACCUGGUGACCGGCGCCGACGCGCUCAUGAGGACGCUGGCGGUCGUCUCUGACCUGGAGUCGCUCCGCAUUGUGGGCUGCGUACCCUCAACGACCCACCGCGUCGUACAGGCGUCGCCUAGCCCAUCCCUAAAGGUUUUCCGAUGCGAGCUGACCAAGGACUCGGAGUCGUUCGUGAACACCGUGCUGGGCGCGCACGCUGAGACCCUGGAGGACGUGGGCCUAUGCUCGGGCGGCUACUUUGGAGUCGGCUACUCCGGCGAGUCGGACACCACGGCGCGCCUCCUCGCCACCAUGCCGAGGCUCCAGAAGCUAGAGUGCGAGGCGCUCCCCGGGCUGCAAGCCGUGGCCGUGUGCGCGGCGCUCCAUCACGUGACCGUCAACGUGCCUUCCUUCAAGCAGCGCACCAUCGAGUGGGCGGCCGAGCUGCUCCGCGCGGGCCCCAUGCGCUCGGUGUGCCUCAACUACGACGUCUUCAACUACGAGGUCGGCUCGAAGCUGAUCGAGGCCCUGGGCGAGCGCGGGGGCUCCCCGCUGGAGUUCCUGGCCAUCAUCAAGGUGCCCCAGGUGGGGCCGCUACUCAGGGCGCUGCCCUCGCUGCCCGCCCUACGCGAGCUGCAGCUGCUGGAAACGCCGCAGGACGACGCCGACGAGCUGCUGCGGGGCCUCACGCCCCAGGUGGCGCCUGCGCUGCGGAUCCUGGGGCUGACGGCAAGCGGAAUAAUCAUCAGUGGGCUGACGGCGACGGCACGCCGCCGAGUGGAGUGCGCCCACGAGUGGCUGCAUGGGGACGGGGUCAAGGCGGCGGUCGUCAACAACCCUCUGCUCCACACUGAGCUCCGGAACACGUCCGCGUGCGGCGAUUGCGAGGCGUGCAUGCAGGGCUGCCACCAAGAAGUUAUGUGGGGCGGCGACCUCGGGCUCUUCUCGCACGACCUCGACAAAUGCCCCUCCCCAGAGGACCAUAUUGAUACAGAUUCUAGGCGCUCCUGGGUCCAAAUUCGAGAAAACGUUGCUUGAUUGUGCUGUUUGACUAAUAAAGCAUUCCGGCAAAGCUGAAAAGAAAGGGAAUGCGGGGAACAACAAAACGGAAGUCACUAGCUUUCACAUGUUGACGUCCGUUUUCCUGUUGCUCGCAUUCUUCUGCAUUUCAGCUUUGCUGGAAUGCUUUAUUCUGUAACGUAUUCUUAGUUUCAAAUCUGCCAUAGUGUCCGUCAGAUGUCAAAUGAGUUUUUGGAGUUCUGUUGAUAGCAGGAUACUGCACACUCAUUUGAUUUGAAUUUUGUACUUUUCACCUAGUAUUGUGCUUGGUACCCCACUAGUGUUUCUUUUGUUUUGUCCCGCUUGCCUCCUAAACACGAGUACGUAGCCUACAACAGAUACAUUUUUCUACUUGUUGUGUCGUGCCUACUUUGACUUUGUAAAUUUUCUUCUUUAUAAAACAUUGAAUAAAUGACAGUUUAGAGACCCGUGCCACGA